AGCGGGGCGUCUCGUUCUCUUCGGUAACCGGUUCGUCUGGGAAAAGACCCUACCUGUGGCCUCGGCUAGGAUGCGGAAACAAGCAAAGAAAGACGGUAACAAGGCGAGAGAGGAAGGUGGGGCUCCCCGCGUGGUCUCGCAAAGUCCUUUGGGGCGGCUGCUGCUGCAGAACGGCAAUCGGUUCGUCUGGCAAGAAACAGCGCAAGAAAGCGACGGACCACUCGGAUACCACAACGCGCAUAAUUCAAACGACCGCAGUCGAGAUCAUCCAGCAAAAGAACGAGAAGUAGAUGCGGUUUUUGGAGGGGUCCAAGCAAAAGAAAAAGAAAUCUCUACUCGUAGUUUUGAGAAGAAACAGCAAAAGGUGUCCCGGCGCGAGGAGCUACGGGCAGCCCAGCACACGGAGUUAUUGAGGAAGCGCCAGG